AUGUCAAUGUCAUCUUCAGAUGCUGAGGCCCUAUUGAAGUUCAAGGGUUCAUUGACAAAUGCGGUAGCCCUCAGCAGUUGGGAUCCAUCCAUAAACCCAAAACCACCGUGUCAAGGAACCAUUCCGAAUUGGGUGGGCUUGUUUUGUUUGAAUGAUAGGGUGUGGGGGUUACGCCUUGAGAGCAUGGGAUUAACCGGAAAUAUUGAUUUGGCAUCUCUUGCUUCAAUGCCGGCAUUGCGAACACUUAGCCUAAUGAAUAAUACAUUUGUUGGUCCCUUGCCCGACAUAAAGUUGUUGCCCAAUUUGAGGGCCCUUUACCUGUCCUAUAAUCAUUUCUCCGGACAAAUACCCGAUGAUGCAUUUGCAGGUUUGCCUAGGUUGAGGAAAGCGCAUUUGUCUAAUAAUGAGUUCACCGGUAAAAUUCCAUCAACUAUUGCUACCUUGCCUAUUAUUGUCGUCCUUAGGCUUGACUCAAACAAGUUUCAAGGUGAAAUCCCCAAUUUUCGAAACAAGAAUAGUUUGAAAGUUAUCAACUUAUCUAACAACGAGUUAGAGGGUCCUAUACCACCUAAUCUAAGACACUUCGACGCCUCCUCAUUUAGCGGAAACGCACUUCUAUGUGGGCCUCCUUUGAUGAAUCAAUGUCAAUUACCUGCAGCAGGAAAGGAGACUGGUACUCUAUCCAAUCUGCUCGUUAUGAAAACAUCACUUAUUGUGAUUUCAAUAGCAUUUUUAGUAGUCAUUGUGGUUUCAAUAUUUGUCAUCUUUCGUUUGAAGUCCCAGAAGAAGCAGUUAGAUGAUGAACACCAUUCUUCUAUGAUUUCAACAUUCCAUGCGCAGGCCUCCAAAAAAUAUGUUAAGCCUCCUGUAGUUUAUGUGAAAACCAAAAGCUUGGCCGAACAUUAUGAUCCCGAAAGUCCUAAGCAUGAUCGCCACAGUCAUGGACAUUCCAAAAAGGGGGAACAAGGCAAGCUUAUAUUCCUUAGGCAGGAUGGAAUAACGUUUGAUUUACAGGAUUUGCUAAAGGCGUCUGCUGAAAUUCUAGGUAGUGCCUCAUUUGGGUCAUCGUAUAAAGCGGUGAUUUUGGACGGACUUAAGUCCGUGGUUGUCAAAAGGUACAAGCAGAUGAACAAUGUACCGAGAGAAGAGUUCCAUGAGCACAUGAGAAGGUUAGGAAACCUUAACCACCCCAAUGUUCUACCUCUCAUUUCUUAUUACUAUAGAAGAGAAGAGAAGCUUUUGAUCUCUGGAUUUGUUCACAACGGUUGCUUGGGUAGUCAUCUUCAUGGUAACCACAACUAUGAGAAGCCAGGACUUGAUUGGGGAACCCGUUUGAAAAUAGUGAAAGGUGUAGCAAGGGGUUUGUCUUAUCUAUACAGUGCACUCCCAAGUGUGAUUGUACCUCAUGGUCAUCUAAAAUCUUCGAAUGUACUUUUAGAUGAAUCUUUUGAGCCCUUGCUCACUGAUUAUGCCCUAAGUCCUGUUAUAAACCUUGACCACGCCCAACAAAUAAUCAUGCCUUACAAAUCCCCAGAGUAUGCUCAACUGGGUCGUAUUACAAAGAAAACUGAUGUGUGGAGUUUUGGGAUUCUAAUAUUGGAGAUACUAACGGGUAAAUUCCCAGAGAACUAUAUUACACCAAGGUAUAAUAGUGAUUCUGACUUAGCAAGUUGGGUAAAUAUGUUAAUUACUGAGAAGAGGACAAGUGAGGUAUUUGACGUUGAGAUGGGAGGAAUCGGAACUAGUAAAGCUGAAUUACUCAAACUAUUAAAGAUUGGUCUAAGUUGUUGUGAAGAGAAUGUUGAAAGAAGGUUGGACAUCAAAGAGGCUCUUCAACAGAUUGAAGAAUUGAAAGAAACAACAAUUGAUGGAGGAGAAUACUCUUCCUCCCUUAUCACCUCUACCGAAAGGGAUGCUUACAGAGCUGUGUGA